AUGGUGAAAAAAGGCCAAAUCGUCCCUACUACCGGCUCUGUGGUACUUAUGCGAGGCAAGGUUUUCAAAGCCAAACGAUCAAUCAAGUCGAAGCUGGUCCCGGCUCUCCCGUCUCCCAUCAAGUCCAAACCAUCGCGAACUUCCAAAGUGGGCGCUAAAGAUGGGAGGAACCUCUUCGGACAUGACCACUCCGGGCUUGAAGUCACCAUCCGAAAUGAACAUUUGGGAAGCUCUACAAAACGAUCUACCAAUACGCCCAACGACUAUAUGCAAGACUGGUUGCCGAAACAAGGCCUUUAUCUAAACGAGCUCCUUCGUCGCGAGGCUCCACCUUCACCUCUUACCUGCUCCAAUUGCGGCGGAUGCGAUUCCGCGCAGUGGUGGCGAUGUAAAGGAUGCUGUGGAACUCCCGUAUACUGCCAGACCUGCUGCGCCUCAGUCCACCAGAUCGAUCCUUUCCACCGCGUAGAAGUGCUCAGCGAAUCCUUCUUCAAGCCUUCCUGGCUAUGGAUUAGUGGAGUUACAGUCAGCCUUUGCGAGACUAGGACCUGCCAGCCGGUCGAUGUAUCAGACGAGUCAAGUGAGGAUUCAGCUUAUGAUGAGGACGAGGAGCCGAAGGACGUUCUGGAUACAACAGCAGUCGACCUUGGAUACCAGGCCAAACCGCCAACCAGGCUCUUCCGUGGCUGUAAGGUCCUCCUGGCAGUUCAUACCAACGGUGUACAUCACCUUCCUUUCCUUUUCUGCUCUUGUCCCAACGCCCCCCAACCCGAAAUCCAGUUGCUUCGCAAUGGAUUCUACCCUUCGACUUCAAAGGCUGUACGAACUAUCUUCACAUUCCAACUGCUCGACGACUUCUUGCUACAGACGGUAGAAUGCUUCACGUCCGCGCACCACUAUUACUCCAGGAUCCGAAGGCUCACAAACGAACCAUUCCCUAAUUCUGUUCCUGAUCGCACCCGUGAGCUUCGCAGGGUUAGUCGUCAGUGGAGAAAAUUAAAGGAGCUCAAGCGCUCUGGGUUUGGACAUCGUGAUGACCCUCCAGGCGACGGUCAAUUGGCACUCUUCUGUGCAGCUUGUCCGCAACCAGGUAUCAACUUGCCGGCCAAUUGGGAAAACGACGACGAGCAAUGGAAGUACACCCGUAGCUACGUCGCUGACGGGAAUUUUACCUGUGUUCAUCGGAAAGGCCGACAAGACGAUGACUCGUUGGUCUACUUGAAAAAUGGUGAAGGAUACAUGACCAAUCGUCAUACGUACGCCAAACACUUGGAAACCACCACCGAGGCAAAAGAGCCUGCUACGUGCCAUGAACAUCGUGCUGUAGCUGACAAGUCCAAACUUCACAAAGGUUGCGACGUAACGGGUGUUGGUGCCAUUGCAUGCAUGCGCCAUGGUGCUUUUGCCCCGGGCAGCGUUGUCGAUUUCCAAAAGGGCGAAAGACAGGUCAACAUGGACUUCGCCUUCUCCCAGGCGCUAAAACUCACUCAUACCGAGAACAUAAGAAGGGUGAUUCUGGCAUAUGAUAUUAAUUGUCAAUACUCGAGGCGUUUCUUCGAACGUUUCCGAGCAUCUGACACACUGGAUCUCCCCGAAGAUGUCACAUUCCUCUUUGCCAUUGGCUUAUUCCAUGUCCAUGGUCACCAAGAGUCCUGCAAUUACAGGUACUCGCUCACCUUCAUGGAAGGGGCUGGUAUGGCCGCUGGAGAGAUCCUUGAGUCGCUCUGGGCAGUGGUUAAUGAGCUCGCAAGAAGCACAUCGACGAUGACAUUAGCCCAACGGAUGGAGGUGUUAGACGCCUUACUGGCAGACAUUAACUGGAAGAAACUCGUUAACAUUGUUCCUCGGAUCUGUAAAGGCUGGAAGAACGCUCGCCUCGAAUUCAUGAGGGCGAGCGAAGACUUCGAACUAUUGAACGAAACCGCCUCGCCCUUGCAGGUAUCCCGAUGGACCGCACAACUGGAACGUGCAAACCGUGAUCGAGUCAAGGACGUCCGAGCAAUGGAUAUUCUCGAGGGCCGUUUCCCAAAGCCGCCAUCCCUGGCCAAAACGCAAAGCGAGCUUAUGGAAUCGGAACAACAGACUGACAGAGGCGUUGGGGUAACUUCAUGGCUCGCGUUGGGCGUGAAAAUUCAAGAGGCUCAGUUAUCACUCAAAGCUUUCGUACGAGGUCUUCCUAAGGAAAAGACAGACCUACAAGUUCUCGCAGUUACCAAACGUCGCGAGCAGAUUGUGUUGGACAUCAACUCGUUCUACGAAAUGGCGGGAAAUCUCUUCCCUGAACUCGACUUCGAAUCGCUCAAAUUUGAGUCCCCUCCUCAAGAGGCGGUUGUUCUGGAUGACGACGAGGACGAGGGCGUUUCUUCCGAGGACAAUCCAUUCUCUUUGACUCAGAACGACAUUGAGGACGUUCGCCUUCCACUUCCUUCGUCGUUCCCGGACGAUCCUUCGCCUUCUCUCCAGCGUGCUCGUGAAAAGGAGUUAAGGCUACGCAUUGCGCAGGCCGAAGAGUCCUUGGAGAAUAUCAGAGCCGAGAUUGGGCACAAGUCAUUCCUAUACCGUUCCAACAUUCGCCUAGCAGACGGGAAGAAGCAAAAGACUCGAGGCUAUGCCGCCGUGAAGGGUGUCGACAAGCAACUUCGGGUACAGAUCCGGAUUUAUAACCUCGCCCGUUGGGCCAUUCAGCGCUUAGGGGCAGACGCUGAUGUUCUCCUACGAUACAGACCCGUCAAGAAGGAGGACACUCGUGCAAUAACGGCGGUCUACAACCCGAACGCCCGAGGGGAAAGGAACAAACCGAUGUCAUGGAUCUGGAAUCUCAAUAUCCAGGGCGACUCUGAUAAUUCGGCCUAUUUGAAUGAGUUAUAUAGAGUUAAUUGGCUGAGAGCCAAGUCAAGGGCAAAUAGGUGGGAGGAGGAAUAUAAACUGCUGAGGGCGGAGAUGGAUUGGGUUACAAACUUUUUCACUUACAAGGAGGAAGAGUGUCGAGGUUGGGCUGAUGCGCAGAGGGAAUCGCCAGGCCAUGUUGCCUACGCAAGACGUCAGGAAGAAAUGUGGAGGCUCAUGCGACUGAACGCCGAAUAUACCUUCAAGAACACCUUGGCCAGCACUUUAAAGGUCGACUAG